AUGUUAUUUCAAACAAGCACACCGAAAAAACGAACUUUAACGCCAUUACCUCGCUCAUCAACACCCAAGACUUUCUCUAAUCUUAUCAAAGAUAAUUAUCAACCAGAUAUUGUCGGUGACAAAUUAUGUCGACCAAUGAUCAAACUCGAUUCACUUCUCUACCGACCCAAAACCGAAUCGCAUCAUCAUCGUCAUCAUCGACAACACCAUAAACAAUCAUGGGACAUUUAG